AUGCCCGGAUGCUUGGUCUGGGGUGGGGACCCCCUCCGUGUUUCCUUCCUCUCAAUGCCCAUUCUGUGUGGGUUCCUGACUCUGCGGGUUCUUUCCUGCUGAAGACAAUUCUCUUCCUGUCCCAGCCUAGGGUUAGGGGCUAAGCUCCAGGCUCUGCCAGUUUGGGCCUCAGCCUCAUGGGUGAAAUUGUCCUGCCACCCCCAGACUAGAGGAGGGGCUGAGGGUCAGGGUGCACAUGUGUCAUCCCCUUUGACCUUUGGAGGCCAGGACUGGGUGAGGGGCUGUACACUGAGUCUCCCUCUGCCUGGGAGGAGGAAUUUAGGCUGAGACAAUAGGGCCCUGUCUGUUCUGGCUUGGGGGUGGUGCCCCUCAGCCCCCAACAAAUGCCAUGGAGAGAUGGAGACAGUUUUCCCCUUGGCGCCUUGGGCUGCCCCUGCCCUUCUGUGACGGCUGCUUUCUUCCCUCAGAUAAUCUGGCCUACUUGGCCAUGACCUGCUCCUGCUUUGUCUCCCGCCCUCUCUCCCUGUCCUCCCGUUAUUCCACAGUCUGUUAGACUGAAGGGAGUGGGGGUACUGGUUGCUUUUAGAGCCGAGAGCUUCUGAUUUGGGGGCCUCUGAAAAUUGUGCAGGUCCUGCUGGGCGAAUGGCACUUAGCUGAAGAGAAGGUGAGGAAGGCAGGGCCAACCAGCCUGAGUCUGAGGAGCUAGGGGGAGGGAGGCUGCCUCGUGGUCCAGCCCCUAUGCAUCUUCUCAACCAGAGAGGCCCACCCGCCAGUCAGCGGCUGGGGCUGGGGCUGGGGCUGCAGCCACUUCAGUCUCCUGGACAGGGGGAAACAGGUAGGAAGAGGAGAAGCAGGGACGCAGGGAGAGGAGGUCGGGUGGGAGACCUGGCAUCACUUCACCUUCCGGUGUGGUCGAGGGAGGGGGUGGGAGGCUUCUGAGUGAAAGGUGUCUGGGGUACGUGCGAGGGUAUGGGAGAGCAGUGGUGGAGAUGCGUUCUGGAUGUUUGGGUUGGGGUGGAAGGUGUGUACACUUGUGAGGAUGACGUACUAAGGCAGUGUUGCAAGGGAUGUGCACGAAGGCCAGUCAUGGGGGCUGAGUGGAUUAGGGUGAGCCUCGCUGAGGACGGAGGGAGGGGUCACGCCUUGGUACUGGCAGGGCACGUCGGUUCGGUGUGCAGGCCGACACAGACCAUGUGAGUGCCUCGGAAAGUCAAUGUCCUGACCUCAGACUGCCUUAGGAGGGCCUCACCUAGAGAGCUGAAGAGAAGGUAACCGCUUGCCCGCCGCCCUCAGAGUGAGAGCCAUGGGGCCCUGGGCCGAACUGUGUGCUUUCCUACGGGCACUCUCCUUCCUCCUGGUACUGACAACAGGCAAAGGGGCCAAAGGAGGACCAGUCAAAGAAAGUUUGGGAGUGUGCUCCAAGCAGUCGCUGCUGGUUCCCCUCUAUUACAAUGAGUCCUACAGUCAGCCGCUGUAUAAACCCUACCUGACCCUGUGUGCAGGAAGGCGCGUCUGUAGCACCUACAGGACCACGUACCGUGUGGCCUGGCGGGAGGUGAGGCGGGAGAUACGACAGACACAUGUCGUGUGCUGCCAGGGCUGGAAGAAGCCACACCCAGGCGCUCUCACCUGUGAAGCCAUCUGCUCCAAGCCUUGCCUUAAUGGAGGUGUCUGCACCGGACCAGACCGGUGCGAGUGUGCCCCAGGCUGGGGAGGGAAGCACUGCCACGUGGAUGUGGAUGAAUGCAGGACCAGCCUUACCCUCUGCUCCCAUGGCUGUCUCAACACUCUGGGCAGCUUCACCUGCGGCUGCCCGCACCCCCUGGUGCUGGGUCCAGAUGGACGCACCUGUGCAGGGGGGCCUCCAGAGUCCUCGACAAGUGCCGGAGUCCUCAAUGUGGCGGUUCGGGAAGCAGAGAGCAGCAAGGAGCGUGCCCUGAGGCGGGAGGUUGCAGAGCUUCGUGGCCGGCUGGAGAGGCUGGAGCAGUGGGCCACACAGGCUGGGGCCUGGGUUCGAGCGGUGCUGCCCAUGCCCCCUGAAGAGCUGCAGCCUGAGCAGGUGGCCGAGCUUUGGGGCCGGGGCGACAGGAUCGAGUCCCUCAGCGACCAGGUGCUGCUACUGGAGGAAAGGCUGGGUGCCUGUUCCUGUGAAGACAACAGCCUGGGCCCAAGCCUGCGUGGAUGAGGAGAAAUGCCCGCAGCAGCUGAAGUCCCCAACUUACACAGAAGCUAUGCCUGCUAACCUGGGAUCAGCUGGGGUCCCCAACUUACACAGAAGCUAUGCCUGCUAACCUGGGAUCAGCUGGGGUCCCCAACUUACACAGAAGCUAUGCCUGCUAACCUGGGAUCAGCUGGGGUCCCCAACUUACAUAGAAGCUAUGCCUGCUAACCUGGGAUCAGCUGGGGUCCCCAACUCACACAGAAGCUAUGCCUGCUAACCUGGAUCAGAAGAUCUGAGUAUCAACCACUGAGGUGCAACAGGCCGCAGAGAACCCCAUGUCUCUCUUUCUCUUUAUUUUCAGUUUCUUGCUGUUAUCCAGAUAAUAAAAACCAACCACACAAAACUGGAUCCCACCCGUUCCUUCUUCCCCCAGCCUACCUCCUGGGUUUUAGGAAUGGGUCUAGAAUGGGAGGCAAGGGUGGCCAAUGCCACUG